AAUUGAAAAUGAACUGUACAUUAUUAACUUUCAAUUUACUUAAUGUUUACCGAAUGAUAUAUUCUAUAUAAUUAUUAAAGUAGAUUAAAGAAUUGUAUCAAAGUAUUGUAUUUUUAAUAUUUCUAUUAAUUGAUCGAAUCAAUAUGGCUGUUCGUAGUAUACACAUGUAAGUUUUCUUUCGAUAAAGUGUAGAACCGCCUACAAUUGAACGUUUUAAUAGUAUUUCUUAUCGAAAACAAAGCCCCUUGUAUCAGAUAAAUAUCUUUUCCCUUUAAACAUGGCUGGAAAUGUACAAGUGUUAGAAGGAUUUAUAUGUCCCAUAUGCAUGCUCGAUUUUAAAGCACCAGAUCAGUUACUUAAACACUUCGAAGAAUGUCAUAAUGAUGAUUCAGAAUUUCUUAAAUGUUUUAAAGAUUUAAUUGACAGGGCUAAGAAAAAAAUUUUAAAACAAGAUGAAAUACCAGAAGUUUUUGCCUGUGCAACAAAUAAUGAAGAACACAAGUUAGAAAUCAGCAGGGAACAACAAGAAACAGGUGUAACUAAAUCGCACACGAAAUAUUUCAAAGAAAUAAGACACAAGAGAUUAGAGCGUUAUGCAUCAGAAACAAACAAAUUACUAAUAAGAUUGAAUAAACUAUUAAAUAAUUUGCCAUCUGAUCCAGUCAGUAGAAAAAGACACGAACAAGAUAUAGUGCCAUGGAUAGAUGAAAGAGACGUCAAGUUGUGUCCUACUUGUGCUAAAAGCUUUAAUGUUGCUAGAAGAAAACAUCAUUGUAGACUUUGUGGAGCUAUCAUGUGUAAUAAUUGUACUCUUCAUUUGUCACUAUUGGAUGCUCGAAAAAUGAUAAGCCCUGUUUCUAUACAGGAUGAUUCUGCUGUUUCUCCAACAUCCUCUGUAAAAGAUUUUUCAAAACGUGUAUUAAACGCAGGUAUAGGACUUACAAAAUUGGCAAGAUCUCCAUCAAGUAGUAGCUUGAAUAGCGUUUUAGCUUUAGUCAACGAUUCUACUAGUACAGAACAGUACUUUAAAAUCUGUACGCAUUGUAUGAAUUUACUUGAUGCUAAAGAAAAGCAGAAAGAAAAACGAUUUCAUAAACCAAUAGUAUGCCAAUUUUAUCAAAAAAUGAAAUCACACAUGGAAGAAACUACACAGAUACUGGCAAUGUAUAAUAAAAUGAGCGAAUCUUUGAGAGAAGGAGAGUCUACUUAUGACUUACAAGAUGCUCAAACAUUACGUCUUAAGAUUGCAAAAUUGGGCGAAAAUAUAGAUACAAUUAGUAAAACAAUUUUAGUUCUUGGUACAAGAGAUGUGGAAAAUUCGCCUCAAGGGCAAGAACUUAGAUUGCAUCAAAUGGUUAGGACGAGUGCAAUGAUAUUUUUAAGAGAACAAUUACUAUCGAUACAAUCGUUGCCUUCGAUAGAAGAAUAUGCUACAUUACAAAAAGAACGUCAAGAACGAAUAGAACGUAAGGCUGAUUAUGAACAGAGAUUGCAAGAACAGAGGUGGAAAUCGAAAGAACAGUAUAAGAAAGACACCCGAAACUUGGAAAGUUAUCUACUUGUAAAAGAAAACCAACAAGAAAAGGUUUUGGAACAAGGUUGGAGUCCAUCUAAUAAUACUCCUAUGAUGUCUUCUUCUAUGAAUCCGUUCAUUGAACAAAUGAAUAAUUUAAGGACAUAUAUAAAACAAGCUAAAGCAGAUGGUAAAUUUGAUGAAGCAUCUAUCCUAGAAAGUAAUCUUAAAGAAUUGCAAAGUUUCUAUUUUGUUACAAAGGAAAGUAAUAAUACCGAAUAAUAAAGAAAACCUAUAACGUUCCUAAGACAAACUUUGAAGUAAUCCUCUAUGUGAUGUGUUUUAUAUAUUAUGAAUUGUUCGUUACAUUAGUAAAGUAAAAUAUACGUAAUAUGAAAGAA